AUGCCUGGAUUCGACUUCUCAAACCAUACGCGCAAUGCUGCCCUGCAUGCAAGAGGAGUGCCACUGCCAAAAGCUACCAGCACGGGGACCACAAUUGUGGGAUGCAUCUUUGAAGGAGGCGUUGUUAUCGCAGCCGAUACAAGAGCAACAUCCGGGCCCAUAGUUGCGGACAAGAAUUGCGAAAAACUCCAUUACAUCGCACCUCAAAUCUGGUGCGCCGGGGCUGGUACGGCAGCUGAUACCGAAUUUACCACGUCACUUAUCUCUUCUCAACUCGAGCUACACUCUCUGUCGACCGGCCGUAAGCCUCGUGUUGUUACCUGUAUGACAAUGCUGAAGCAGCACCUAUUCCAGUACCAGGGUCACAUUGGAGCAUACUUGGUUGUGGCUGGCGUUGACCCAACUGGCGUCGGUCUGUACACUGUCCAUGCACAUGGGAGCACAGACAAGCUUCCCUACGUGACCAUGGGCAGUGGGUCAUUGGCGGCUAUGUCUGUAUUCGAGACGCAGUGGAAGUCAAAGUUAACCGAGGAGGAGGCGAUCGAGCUUGCAUCAAAUGCCAUUCAGGCUGGUAUUUUCAACGAUUUGGGAUCUGGAUCAAAUGUUGAUGUGGCUGUCAUUAAGAAGGAUAUGACGACGCUCAAGAGGGGUUACAUCAAGCCGAACGAGCGGAGUAAAAAGCAAAAGAGCUAUGUCUUCAAGCGGGGUACGACUGCAGUGCUCAACGAAAAGAUCACCACCAAGGAGGAUAUCAGCAGAUAUGUUACUGUCCAUGAACUGGAGAGCACCGAUUCUGCUAUUGCGGAGAAGAUGGAUUUGGACACGUAA